CGAGAAGUAAACCAAGCAACCUACCACAACCAAUCAACAUGUUCAAGUUGGCCGUUCUCGCCGCCAUCCUGGCUGUCGCUGCCGCCGCUCCUGGUGGUCUUACCGGAAUCGUAGCCGACCAUGGAAUCGGCCCGAUCACCGCUCCCUUGGUUAUCGGCCACUCCGCUCCUUUGGCUGCCGCCCACGUGAUUGCCCAGCCCGUCUCCCCCAUCGUCCGCACCGCCCCGAUCGUCACCAAGUCCGUGCUGACCGCCGCUCCCCUGCCUCUCCUCUCCGUUCAUGGCCUGCAUUAAACGAACGACGAUUCUAUUCUUACAACCACCAGCUCACGACGAGACAACCCACCUCCCCCCCGCCCCUAGAAAAAAUACCCCCUUAUUCCUCAUAAAUCGUCUUCCCGCCCCCAAGACUCCCCUAAAAACU